CCCUUGUCUUCGGUCCUCCCAAGCUCUGUAGCUGGUCUGGGACUCGCAGGUGACUUAACAAGAUGGCGCGUGUGUUGACGUCCAUGGCCGGGGCUGCAAGGGCCAUAGGACAUUUUUCAAGAUUCCCAACUCCAGUUCCAGCAGUGAGAACUUUUUCUGCGUCACAGUCCUUGCAUCGGGUGGCAGGUCCUGUAUGGAACCUUGGUCGACUCAAUCAUGUAGCCAUUGCAGUGCCAGAUUUGGAAAAGGCCACAGGAUUUUAUAAGAAUAUUUUGGGGGCCCAGGUAAGUGAGGUGGUCCCUCUUCCUGAACAUGGAGUGUCUGUUGUUUUUGUCAACUUGGGGAAUACCAAGAUGGAACUGCUUCAUCCACUGGGAAAUGACAGUCCAAUUGCAGGUUUUCUGCAGAAAAACAAGGCUGGAGGAAUGCAUCACAUCUGCAUUGAGGUGGAUAAUAUAAAUGCAGUUAUGAUGGAUUUGAAAAAAAUGAAGAUCCGUAUUCUAAGUGAAGAGGUCAAAAUAGGAGCACAUGGAAAACCAGUUAUUUUUCUCCAUCCUAAAGACUGUGGGGGAGUUCUUAUAGAAUUGGAACAAGCUUGAUUUAUAUUUGCAAGAAAAUUAAUUGCCCUGAAAACCCUUUAUCAAACACUAUCAAAAUGUAUUAUGACCAGAUAAAUGAGAGUUUAUACUCCAUUUAUGUAUGAUGUGUUAAAAUGCAUUCUACUGUCAUGUAUAACUAAUUAGAACAAAUUAAAAAAAGAAAAAUAUAUAUUAUGGUACUGCUUCCAAAGUUAUAGACUAAAUUACAGAAAUAUUAAAAGUAUGUACACAUAUGUACAUAACAUGUGUAAAUUGGAUUUGGAGAAAACCUUGAUUACUAAAUGCUUAGAACGUUGUUGAAAUCAUGUUCAUAGAAAUGAAUUACUCCUGUUUAAAAUGGUAAUUGAGUAUAGUAUGUUAUCUGUUUAAAGGGUGUGGAUGUGGCUGUGUGAAGCAGAUUAGAUGUACAAAGGUGUUAUGAAAGUGUACUUGACAGUUACAUACCUACAUAUUUGAGAUAAAGCUGUUUUCUAGAAUGUUUAGAACUAUUUCUAAUUUUAAAAAAAAUUUCCAAAGUCCAUUAUUUAUUUUUAAACUAAAAAUUGUUUUGCUUUUUAUUUUUUAACUUUUAACACAUAAUUGUACAUAUUAAUGGGGCUCAGUUGAUAUUUUCAUACCUGCCCACAGUGUGCACUGUCCAAUUCAAUUUCUCUUUUUCCACACUCUCCCUUCUUCACCUUUACCAGACCCUAUUCAUUACUAUUCUACUUUCAGUUGACUUUUUUUAGCUUCCACAUAUGAAAGAACAUUAAAUACAACUAUCCCACUUCUGAGUAAAUAGCCAAAGGAAAUUAAAGCAUACAAAAGAGAUACCCCUGUCCCCUUAUAUAUUGCAGCACUAUUCACAAUAGCUAAGGUAUGGAAUUAAGCCUAGGUGCCCAUCAAUAGAUGAAUGGAUAAAGAAAAUGUCA